GGCGUGCCCCGCCAUGUGUAAAGGUACCUCAGGGUAGCUAUGAGUCGCAAGGUAUGAGUCGAACUUCCAACCCCCUGGACUCUCUCUGGCCACUCCUCUCGAACGCCAUUAUUCUCCUCGUUACUCACUUCCAUUACCUGCAUACGUCAACUUGCUAUAUGUUUGUAGGAUAGUCUGAAAAUACAAGGACCAAGAGGCCGGCGUCUGCUUGGUACAAAUAUCCGUGGCCAGGCGGCAUAUAGAAGAUGCCGGCGUUCACCAGCAACACCCGGUCGUCCUCGGCCGCGGAAAGCUCCUCGCUGCAGUUCCCCCCCAUCACUAGGGACCAUAUCCUAAAUUGUUCCUACGACUCCUGGUUCCCCAAAUACCGCACGUCGUGUAUCAAGUCGCGUAUAAUCCCACUGUCGCCCGAGUUCGUAGAGUACCUUCGCGAGGAUGGCAUCGUCCUAGCCGACGAUGACGGAGCGGAGCCCGAAGAUGACGAGUGGGAAUCUGCGCCCUCGACUUUCCGGCCGCCCGUUGAGGAGGCCGAUUCCGAAUCCGACAGCGACGAGGAGGAGGAGGCUCCGAGGCUCCCGCCGAAUCAGAGGUUCCCCGAGCUGCACCAGACCAUCCAAGACAAGAUCGCGGAGCUAGGCGGCGCGGUGGCACCGAAGCUAAACUGGACAGCGCCGAAGGAUGCGGCCUGGAUAUCGCCGCACCAGAACACGAUCAAGUGCACAUGCCCCAACGACAUUUAUCUGUUGUUGAAGAGCUCUAAUUUUAUCACGUACGAUCUGGAGCACGCAUUCGAUGACUGCACGAUCCCCGUCGCUGUCACUACCACCGCCACUACUACUAUUAACAACGGCAACAACGGCAGUAGGAAUAGCACCUCCUCCGGUAGAGACGGCAACGGUAACAGCAAUGCCAGCAGCAUGCCGUCCUUCAAGCCGGUCUUAGUGCUGCGGUCGUACUUCAACCCGCACACGGCGAUGGAGUUCCGCUGCUUCGUAAAGCACCGAAACCUGAUCGCCAUCUCCCAGCGCGACCUGCACUACUACGAAUUCCUCGCGUCGCUGCGGCCCGCCAUCGUCGGGCGCAUCGCCCAGCUGUUCAACCACAAGCUGCGGUACACCUUCCCGGACGGCAGCUUCGUCUUCGACGUGUACCUCCCCGAGAGCAACGAGGGGGAGGAGGGCCCGCUGAGCCGCGCGCGCCUCAUCGACAUCAACUCCUGGGCGCCGCACACCGACAGCCUGCUGUUCGACUGGGCCGAGCUGCUCGCGACCGAGGUCCCGGGGCCGGUGCUCGGCGUCGUCGGCAGCGAGGCGGGUAGCAGCAGCGAUGAAGAGGACGAAGACGAGGACGAGGAUUUCGUCCCAGAGCUGCGACUCGUCGAGCGCGAGGACCCGGCGGCGCUCAACUUCAGCGUGCCGCAGUACUCCGCCCACAAGCUGCCCAAGGACGUGGUCGACGCAAGCGCGGCCGGCGAGGGUGGCAUGCGCGACUUCGCGCGGAAGUGGCGCGAGAUGCUCGACUACCGCCGGGACGUGGCGAGCUGGGAGCUCGACGGCAAGGAGGAGGCGAAGAAGUAGGCAUGGGCGCAGCAGACAAGCCGAGGGUGAAGUUGACGGAGUAGGGAGAGGAGACUGGGGGAGGAGAGAGAAGGGGAGAAAUCGAGCAGUGCCAGACGUCUUCUAAGGCUGGAUGACCGCUCCGCCUGGUACCUUUAGAAUAGAACUCGUUACUCGUGAGAGCGAAUCUCCUUGCCCUGCUAGGGACGACGAGCAGCCAUUCAUUCGGCCCUUCAAACUCCCGAACCACUCCCCCGACCACAUGCGAGAAUCAGUGCGCCGGGCGCGACUUAGAACGGUGGAUACCUAACUCGUCGUAGCGACUACCGGGCGGCAACCAUGUCCUUCGCGAUAACGACGUGCCUCCUUGGCUAGAU